AUGUCUAUGUCCAUCGAAGAUGCUGCCAAAACUCGUCCGGGAUUCCCCCGCCCAUUCCCUAACACGCCGAACAAUGUUCUUGAGCAGCUGAGUCUCAAGGAGAAAGUAAUUGUCGUGACUGGAGCAGCCGAUGGGAUUGGCCUUGCAGUGGCGGAAGCCAUGGCCGAGGCUGGCGGGCAUGUCGCUCUUUGGUACAAUUCGAAUGAUGCCGCUAUUUCUCGGGCUGAGGAGCUGGCGAAGACGCAUGGAAUCAAAUCAUCAGCGUUCAAGGUCGACGUGUCCAAUUCCGAGCAAAUUGAGAGGGGUUUAGCUGCCGUGGUCGAAAAGUUCGGAAAAAUUGAUGUUUUCGUUGCUAAUGCUGGUAUGGCACUCUGCAAGCCGAUUCUGGAACAGACACUGGAUGAAUACAAAAAACAAAUGUCGGUUAACGUUGAUGGCGUGGUCUAUUGCUCGAAAUUAGUAGGCGCCAUCUUCAAGCAACAAGGCUUUGGGAAUCUCAUCAUCACAUCAAGCAUGAGCGCGCACAUUGUCAACGUACCCGUUGAUCAGCCUGUAUACAAUGCAACAAAGGCCUUCGUUACCCAUUUUGGUAAAUGUCUUGCCCGCGAGUGGCGCGACUUUGCACGAGUAAAUAUUGUGUCUCCUGGAUUUUUUGAUACCAGGAUGGGCGCAGGCCCAGAAGGCCUCCAGGAAGCGUAUCGAAUGUCUACCUUGGGUAGGCAAGGACACGUGAAGGAGAUCAAGGGACUUUACUUGUACCUAGCUAGCGAUGCUAGUACGUACAUGACGGGGAGCGAUGUCCUUAUCGACGGAGGGUAUGUCUUGCCGUAG